AAGAAGAAGACGCAGCAGAGAAACAACCAACAAACAGACGGUUUGGAUCUGCAGAGGAAGACUCGAGCGUGAAUUUACAAUGCUCACAGCUGCUGACCACAAGAGGCUCGAGGCAGCAGAGUAUCCUGCGGAGUUUGAAAAGCCCGUGGAUCUUGGGCGCGUUAACUUCUCGGUUAUCAAAUCGUGGAUUGAGAAAGAGGUCAUUGAUAUUGCGAAUGGCGACGAUAUAGCUUCAGAGUACCUCAUAUCCCUGCUGGAGAGUGAUCCAAAGCCCAAGAUCAAGGAAGUUCAGCUACAGUUGGAAGGCUUUCUAGACCCGCCUUCGUUGGCGCAAAAGUUCUGUAAGGACCUGUGGGAUCUACUUCUGGAAGCGCAGGCCUCAGAGUCUGGAGUUCCUGCACGGUUGCAGGGAGUAGAAGCUCGAGCGCAUGGGAAGCCACAGGGAGUGGCGAUGCCGAGCAUGAGUCGCGGGGGAAAGCUGGAGGAGAUCAAGAAUAGAGAGAUCAAAGAAGCUGAGCGAGCUAGAGAGUUGAAGGAGGCGAAGGAGAGAGCAAAGCAGAUGGGCGAAGGACGAGCAAGGUCUGAGAUCAAGCGCGCGCGACGAGACGGGAGCUCGCCCGAGCACAGAGGUGCGAGAGAGGUUAACAGCACGGGAGAUUCGACGAGAAUACCGAGUCGUGACUCGCGGACGAGAGACGAGAGGCUGGACUACCCCCGCCCCCGGAAGCAGUCUACAUCUCCGCGCAGAAGAGACUCUUCACAGCAACGCAGACAUCACUCGCCUCCCUCGCGCACUCGCCGACGGUCACCUCUACUUUCUCGCCAUUACUCGCCCACGCACUCCCCUUUGACACCCGAUCUCCCGACCCCUAAAGCUUCUCACCGUCGAACGCCGUCACCUACCCGGACCAGUCGCGAACGGCCGCCUCUGCCAUCGCGACAUGCAGAGCACCAUGUGUAUGCCAGCCGACCGUUGUCGCCGAAAUACGACUCGUACCGGCCUUCUGAGCGCCGGGAAGAAAGACGCCGAUCACUGCUGGGCCGGGAUCGGAGCCGGCAUGGGGAAAGAGAGCGGGAUGGGAGCCGAGAACGGGCGCGGGUGAGGAACAGGAGUAGGAGUAGGAGUAGGAGCGUGGAGCGCAGGAACCGGAGUCCUGAGUACCACCGACGAGGCAGGGAUGGUGACAAGUACGAUAGACAGGAUCGAGAUCGAGAUGGAGAUCGACGACGAUCUGAACAGGGCGCUGAUUCUCGCCAGCGCGACAGAAGCAGAGAUAGGAGAGAUUCUGCUGGUCUUCUCCGCGCGUCGAGAAGGUCUUCACGUUCUCCCCCGCCGAUUCCAGAAAAGAGUGCUGCUAGAUCACCUGAGCGCCGUUCGCCCGAGCGACAGAGCUCAUCUGGUAAAGCAAGAGUUGAGCAGCCACUGCAAACUCCAACGACGAGCCCAAAAACUACAUCUACAUCCACAGCCAACCCAGCGCAAUCAUCGUCACCAUCCGCGGACGGCAACUCAACCCCUCCCGCAGUCAUGGAGAUUGCGCGAGAAGGCAAGGUGUACGCUCAGGCGGCGGUGAGUAUCUCGGUCAAGUCUCCUAACGAGCGGGAGAGUAGUCGAAAUAUGUCGCCUGGGAGAUUGAAAAGGCGGAUGGAGCGCGAGGCGGAGUAUCGGCGUCGCAUGAGCGAGAGUUGAGGGGACUUUAGGUCUACUAUUUUUUGCUGUUUCUCUAGCUA